GUAUGUUGGCUUCAGGAAGAGGAGGAACGGGGGGAGCAGGUGCCCUGACGUCAUUCUCCGGAGAAGCCCCUGGGGACCCCGCUCCCGGACGCAGCUCUCGGCGGAGCAGCGGACGAUGGGAGCCCCCUCCGCCCCGAAGGGCUGCUCCUGGGGCGCCGCCUGGGACUUCGCGGCAAUUGUUACGUCCCUGGUCUGGGCUGACAGCUCUCUCUCCUCCGCCGCGGGCGAGGAAGGGAGCCGCGGUCGCCGGGGUCAGGAACGUCCUUGAGAAAGCAGCAGGCCUCGCCCACCCCCGGCCCCUGGAGGCGGCCCGGAGAGCCCUUUCUCCGGCCGGGACUGAGCCUGCUCCCUGGCGGUGGUUCCCCGGUGGCCGCCUCCCUCCAGCGCCCUGGAAGCUCAAGAGAAGCCCCCUCCCCCGGUCGCCUGUCUGUCAGGACAGAGGCAACUGCUGCUAGAGUCGUCCUUCCGCCUUUCCUUCCGCAGCAGGGCCCGCCCCGGAUGGGCUGCUCGGGGCCCCGCAGGAGGAAGCCCCGUCCCUCUCGCGCCCGGCGACGAUGCCAGCCCCCAGCCUCCUCCUGGCCCUGGCCCUGGCCUCGGCCGCCCGCUUCGCCCGGACAGCAGGGCCCCCCCUCAUCCGCCUCCGCGGCCCAGAGAGCGGCCCGGUCCUGGAGGGCAGUGCCGUGACCCUGGAGUGCCUCUCCUCGGCAGAAGAAGCGCCCGCCUUGGCCUUCCAGAAAUAUGGCCAGUGGCUCCAGGCCUGGGUCUCCCUGGAUGAAGGGACCAAACUGAUCCAUGGAUUUUACAAUGCCGUCGUGAGUCGUGAAGGUGGGCACCUCCUAUUGACGAUCAGCAGCGUCCAGUCCUGGCAUGCUGGUGCCUAUCGCUGUGUCAGUUCCAACGCCACCAGCAACGCCUCUUCCGCUGAUCUGGACCUGCAGAUAGAGUAUCUCCGUGAUAUCUUCCUCAGCCGCGCAAAAUCCUGGUGUGGGACUGUGGGGGACUCGGUCACCGUCCUGGAGGGGGAUGACCUUCAACUGCACUGCUUUGCCAAGGCCUCCCGGGGGCCCCUUUAUGAGUGGAGCCGAGAGGGGGAGGACUGGAUUGUGGCCUCAAGUUCCUUGGCUCUGACCAAAGUGAACCUGGAGCAAGCGGGGACCUACACAUGCCGGGCCCGCCAUCCCUCCGUGGCCCAGCUGGCCAAGACCAAGUCCCUGCGCCUCUUUGUGGAGGGCAGCCAGCGGGGAGUGGCACUGGGGUCGGCACUGUCGCUCAGCAACUCCACCCUGGCCCUGACGGUGGGGCUUCCAGCCCUCUUGCUGCUGGUCCUGAUUGCUGUCUUUGCCCUUCUGAUCCUCCGACUUCGUCGGGGAGCAGCCAAGAAGAAAGCAGCUCAGGAAGACCCUGGGCAGCACACCCCAAUCUACAAAUGCAGCCUGGGGUCCGUGCCUUCUGUGUCGAGGGACACACAUCCCCUCAUGAUGUGAGGAGGGACCUCUCAGGUAGGGAGAGCUCCAUUGCGUGGCUUCUCCCCUUCUCUUUCCUGGCCUUUCUCCUGCCUGCUUCUUCAUCCACACACAUAUGCACAAAAGAGUCGAGUGAUGGAGGCAGGAGGACAUUUUUUCCCAUGGGCAAGGAAAGGUCUAACCCCCCCUUCCAUCCUCAAGGAAGUACCCUGGGGCUAAAAGCAGCCCUCUCCCAGACAGGCCUGUGCCCUUCUCACCCUGGACAUGGCUGCUUGGCUUCUUUUGCCCUUGCCAGCAGAGAGUAAUGUCAAGGAGGCCUGCUGUGGAUACAUACGUCUUUGCCUUGUCCUUCAGCGCAGCCCAGACAGGCCUUUGCCAGCCAAGAUCUGUCCCCAAGCAGCUUGCCUCCCUUUGUGCCAUGCCAGGGCUGCCAUCCGCCCCCUUCUGGUGCUGCAGGUGACUUGCAGAGGCGCAAAGGUGUUUGCCUUCUUUUUCCUUUUGGUCUGGUCACGCAAAGUUUAGCUCAGUGUAAAAUUGAGAGAUAAGAAGAGAGAUGCCCGUCCUUUCCGUGCCCCCGUUUCCAGUGGGGUGCUUCUCCCCAGUGGCCCUUAAUCUGUGCCCAGAAGCCCAGAAACAGUAGCUGUUUGGGUAGAGCCACCCUUCACUCUCCAGGGCAGGAGAGGAGUAGGGAAAAUGGGUCAGAGAAAUGAGGCCCCUUCCUCCAGAUUAACCCCUCUUCCCCCUUCAGAAGCUCCAGAGUAUGAAAUGAAUUGUCUGACAAUAACUGCAGUAAGAAGGCCCCUGAGGAGGCCAUCAGCCUUAAUGAGCAGCCACUGAAGAAGGAAAGGAAAGGAAAGGAGGACCAGCUGGCAGCAUCUGCAAUAAGCACUAGGCUGGCUGGUUGGUUUGGUUUCAUUUCACUGUGAUGUGGGGGGGGGCUGCUUCUACCUCCAUAGGGAAUCCCCCUUUUGCCCUUGGGGUCUCCAGCUGGCUGAGCCCAUCAUGGUCUUUCCUCUCUUUCGCCCAGGAGAAAGUGGACCUCCCUCUCUCCGCCUGCCUUUUGCCUUCAAGAUGCAGCCUCUCUUCUGGCUUUGGGAUAAUGGGGAUCUCAGCAUUACUGGGCCUCUUGCGUAUAUCUUUGGGAUGUCUCUUAUCUUUGAUUUUUAGAAGGGGGGGCAGAAAGGAGGUGGGGUUGCAUAUGGAUCCCUUUCUGGAGGGGGUGAGGUGCCUUUGGCCUGGCCUGCUCCACUUCCACUGGCUAAGGCAGCUCUUUGGCCUCUACUGGGCCUGGCAGGCCGUGGCCCCUUCAUGCCAAAUGCCCUUCCUGAGAGGGAGGAGGUGAACAGGCACGAAGGCCAGCAGCCACCCAACGUGAAAACAUAGGUCAGUGUCUUUCCGAAGAGAGCUUCCCGCUCUCCACCCUGAAGAGGGAAGCUGGUGGGGAAGUGGGCAUCUUGCCAGGGCCCCAUGGGAGAUGAGCUCUUUCCCUCUAAAUGCAAAAGGAGCUCCGGGUGACACCUGGGGCCCCUCCCUGCCUGGCAUUGGGGGUUUGGGGGCCCUGAAGGACUGCCCCCCCAGGCCAAACCAGCAGGAACCUCUUGUUUCAGCAGACCCUGAGAGGGGGAGGGUCUGGACCCCCUUUGCUGGAAAUGUUUCCUGAGUCUGAUUUUCCACCUUGUCGCCCCCACGCCAAACCAGUCUGGAGACCUGCAAAGGAAGGCUGAGCAGUGGCCACCGCAUGGUGGUGCAUGACAAAUCUUUGAAUGCCUGCACAUUGGAAGAGUGAGUGGGCCAUCCAAGUGACAUAAGGAGCAAGAGAGAGAGCGUAGAUCACACCUGUCUCUGCAGCACAAGCCUUAAAUGUCCCCCCAUUCGGCACUUUCUUGGAUCAAAAUAAAAAAAUAGCAGACUCUU